ACAAACAUUACACCCAUUCAUGGAACAUCACUACUACAAGCAGUACUAAUUAGCCGCAUAGGAUCAAUCAGCCAGUACCGCAGCGCGCCAUUGGUAAUUCCUCGCUCGCCGCGCGCGCCGAAGCCAUGCGCUUCGCCGCGCUGCAGCCGUCGCGGUGCCUGCAUCCCCCCCGCGCAACAUUUAGGCCUAUUUUGACAUCUGAGGUUUAUUCAAUAUUUUCUCCGCAUUUUCAGUUCCAUCAGCACCGACCUGCACCAGCACCACCCUCCCCCUCCCGUUACCCGCACCCACGCCGCCUUGCGCACCCCGUUUCUCCCCCCGCUGUAACAGGGUUACCACAACCUGCUGCAGCGCUGGGUACUGUUGGAAGUUACCGCCAAGGACUGACCAGCUGUAGCAGAAACGCGUCUAAUUAUCCGCCGGCCGGCUGUAGCAGAAACGCUUCUAUUCAUGGGCCGGCUGGCUGCAGCAGAAACGCUUCAAUUCCUGGACCGGCCGGGUGUAGCAGAAACGCCUCUGUGCGUGGACGGCAAGAUUGUAGCGAAAGUCCUGAUGGGAGGCACCGCAUUGGUAGCACGCCGGACAGGCUGGGUGCGUUAGUUGCUCCUGUACACAGCAGCUGUAGCGCGGCUGCUACAACCGCAGGGACGGACAGGCUGUAUGUGCUUGUUGCGCGGGCAAGCGGCGCUGCUGCUGUAGCAGGUGCCGCACUGGCAGUGGCUCUGCCUGCUCACGCUGCUACAACCGUUGCCGCUGGUGGGGCUGCUACAGCUGCCAGUGUUGGUACUGCUACAGCCGUUGCGACUGCAGCGAGCGCGCUGUCAGACGGAGCAGUGUGGGCGGUGCUGUGCGCGUGCGCUGCUGGCGCCCAGCUGCUAGAGCAGCGCACGUCAUGGGGCCAGCAGGUGUCUUCCGUGCUGAUUGCAAUGCUCGCGGCGGCGGUGCUCUCCUCCCUCGCUGUGCUGCCUGCUGCGUCGCCAGUCUACGACUUUGUGUGGACACGUGUCAUGCCCAUGGCUGUGGCUCUGGUGCUGCUAGAGACAGAUGUGACGUCAGCGUUCACACAGUCAGGUCCCGGGCUACUAGCUUUCCUGCUGGGUGCAGUGGGCACAGUGGCAGGGACACUUGUCGGCUUCUCAUUGGCCGGGCCGUCCCUGGGACUGGAGGGGUGGAAGGUGGCUGCUUGCUUCUGUGCGACGUACAUCGGAGGGAGCGUCAACUAUGCCGCCACUGCCAAGGCCCUUGGGAUGGACAUCACAGCAGGCGCGGCAACAGCAGCCGCCAGCACUGGCGCCAGCCUGCUCACAGCAGGCAUGGCAGUGGACAACCUCCUCAUGGCGGCUUACUUCUCCGUGCUCGCUGCCCUCCCUGACUCGUGGCCCAAGCCGUGGGGCGGGGACAAGUGGGGGCUUGGGAAUCUGCUGGGUGCGUCUGAGUCGACAAGUCACGACUCAACGAAACACCCCUUGGACUCCUUCCCCCCACCUUCCUCCCCCUCGCCCCCCUCCCCAUCUCCUUCCACUGUUACUUCUCCUCCCUCUCCCUCCUCCCUCACUCACUCCCCACCCCCCUCCCCCUCCCCCUCGGUGGAGUCCCUCACUCUCUCCAUAGCCGCUGCCGCCUCAGCAUGCGCACUAGCAGACAAAGUUGCCGUCCAUCUGCCGCCCGUGAUGGCCUCGGCACAGCUGGCGCUUGCCGCCCUGCUGGCCUCCCUCCUGUCGACUGUAGCAGCCAGGCUGACAGGGCGGGGGGAGGGAGGACUGGAGGAAGGAGAAAGCAGUUACCAAAAAGCGGGGGAGCAGAAGGAGGAGAAAGGGGAGAAAGAGGAGAAAGGGGAGAAAGCGGAGAGCGGUUCAGUGUUUUCAGGAGCAGAAGCGCUUGGCAACUCGCUCAUGCUCAUCUUCUUCGCUAAUAUCGGAGCAUCUGCCAGUGUGUCUGAGGCCAUGUCUGCUGGUGGCGGGCUGCUUGCAUUCGUUGCAACUGUGCUGAUGGUUCACAUUGCGGUUGUUCUUGUGGGGGGGAGACUCCUCAACAUCCCCCUUGAUAUUCUCAUGGUGGCAUCUAAUGCCAAUGUAGGCGGGCCAGCCACGGCAGCAGCCAUGGCCAGUGCGCGCAGCUGGCCCCAUUUGGUGCGGCCAGCAGUGUUACUCGGCACAUUCGGCUACACCAUCGGCACGGCCAUUGCCUUCCUGCUCGGAAUCAACGUGCUGCAGCCCAUGGCAACUGCUGCUCUUGCCAAAGUGAUGUAACGCCGUGCCUUGGCUGCUGCUCUUUUCAGCUACACCUGGUGCACCAGCGGUGUUACUGGUGUUACUCGUAACUCGGCAUGUUCGGCUGCGCCGUUGGUACGGCCAUUGCCUUCCUGCUCGGAAUUAACGUGCUGCAGCACAUGGCGAGGCGGAGGCUGCUCUUGCCAGGGGGCUUUGAUUGAAGCAUGGCAUGCCGCCAUGGCCAGAGCUGUGUAAUGAGUCUAUCAUAAUUUUUACUCAGGGGGCUUCCAUUUGAAGCAUGUCUUGGCAUUUUUGACUCAGUUGUCUUCGCAAUCUUGCGAUUUUCCCCAUUGGUUGUGGCCAACAGUGUUGGAUACAUAGCU